AUGAGUUACAACGAUAUAGAAAAAUUAAUCUACUUCAACAAUCACUUCUUGUCUGAAUUACCUGAACCACACGUCGUUUUUAACAACUCUUUAUGCUUUGAUAAUUUAAAAAGUUCAAACAGUUUAUCACAAAAAAACUCAUCGGACUACGACUCUUCGCAUAAUCCUACCUGGAGUAAUCGUACUCAGGGAGGUGGUGUCGACGAUGAUCACGAACAUCAUGGUCCUCUACAGGAUGUUCGGAAAUAUUUAAAAGAUCAUCUUCAUGAAGGUUUGGAAACCGAAGGUGGAAAGAGAAACAGCAAACUAUCAAACCACAUUGGCACCCAACAGCAUUUAUAUCCUGAAACACACAUGGACAGAGCCCUUCAAUUAAACAACUCUGUUGCUAACGUUCUUCCAAACACGUCCUCAAACCCGAAAAUUACUAUGGAAACUCAUACUGGCUACUGUCAGUAUCCUAGUGAUUUUUCGGUCGCCAAAGAAAAUCGGUAUAUUGUACUAACGACUCUUCCUGAAAAAGCAACCGCAGAUGACGGUGAGCCUUGUCUAACCAAUCCUAAACAAAGAAACGCCUGUAUUCGCCAUUAUCUACCUCACACCCCAAUCCACCCAAUGUUUCCUUCGUUUUACUCUGAAUUGCCAAAGCUUGCUCUUUUCCCUAUACCCAAAUAUCUGUUAGAAGACGAUGUCAAGUGUAUCAAAUCCUGCCCCAUUGACGAUUAUUACUUGCCCCGAUUUACUCGUGGUCAGGGAAAAAAAAAAGAAGGCCUUUGCCCUAUCUGUUGUUUCCAGAAGAAUUUCGUCUGGCUUCGCACUAAAACCAGCGCAUAUUGGUAUCAUAUGAACUUUUUACAUGGUAUUCAUAGUAAAGGCAGACCUUAUCAUCCGCCCAUUGAGUUUCGAACAAUUCCUGUUCGAAAGGUUAAGAGUAUAAUUGGGCUACCUGACAGACGUCAAAUAGUACAGGGAAAAUGUCAUCAAUGCAAUCGUUGGAUACGUUGCCAGGCAAACCCAUUUUAUGAAACUAAGCAAUGA